GGGAUGGCCAGAGGGUUUCCAUCAGGAGAUCACGCAAGGCAGGCUCGGCACGCAACGGGGAGGUGACACUCCAGAGGAUGGGAAACUUUGGCAACGGCCCUGGGGCUGGAUAAAUACACACAGAGAGCGAGAGAGAGAGCCAGAGAGAGCAAGGGAACGAGAACGAGGAGGAGCGCUCUUUCCGCGCCUCGGAGCCCGGCUUCCCUCGAAGAAGGCUGAGAAGAGCAGCCACCCACAGAGGACCCUUCCUUCUCGCUUCCUCCCUUCGAGUCGCCCUUGCCGGGCGGGCGCACCAUGAGCCAGAGGGAGAUGGACGAAGCCGCUCUGGUGAACAUCAGCGCCCGCCCGCGUGGCCUGGAGGAAGCGCCGGGGAGCGGCGAGGCCCGGCUGCGGGGCCCGCUCCUGCUGCUGCUCUUGCUGCUGCUCGCCGCCCUGCGCCGGGCGCGCCGCGGAGGACAAGGCCGCCGCCUCCCGCCGGGCCCGUUCCCGUGGCCGCUGGUGGGCAACGCGGCUCAGCUGGGCCGCGCGCCGCACUUGGCGCUGGGCCGCCUGGCGGGCGUGUACGGGCCGGUGUUCCGGCUGCGCCUGGGCCGCUGGCCCGUGGUGGUGCUGAGCGGGGAGCGCGCCAUCCGGCAGGCGCUGGUGCGGCAGGGGGAGGCCUUCGCGGGCCGGCCGCCCUUCCCGUCCUUCGCGCUGGUCUCCGGCGGGCACAGCCUGGCCUUCGGGGCCUCGGUGGCGGCGUGGCGCGCCCAGCGGCGGGUGGCGCGGGCGGCGGUGCGGGCGGAGGCGGUGCGGGCGGCGGCGGAGGCGGCGCUGGUGGCGGAGGCGGCGGCGCUGGUGGGCCUGCUGGCGCGGCGCGGGGCGGGCGGCGCCUUCCUCGACCCGGCGCCCAGCCUGGUCCUGGCCGUGGCCAGCCUCAUGAGCGCGCUCUGCUUCGGGCGCCGCUACGGGCACGACGACGAGGAGUUCCGCCGCCUGGUGGGCCGCAACGAGCAGUUCGGGCGCGCCGUCGGGGCCGGCAGCCUGGUGGACGCCCUGCCCUGGCUGCGCCGCUUCCCCAACCCCGUCCGCUCCGCCUUCCGCGCCUUCCGCGCCCUCAACCGGGACUUCUACGGCUUCGUGCGGGGAAAGUUCCUCCGGCGCCGCCGCAUCCUCCGCCCCGGGGACCGCGCCCGCGACCUUAUGGACGCCUGCAUCCGCCUCCAGCAGGACCGGCCGGGGCUGCCGCUCGAGCACGUGCCCGCCACCCUCACGGACAUCUUCGGCGCCAGCCAGGACACCCUCUCCACCGCCCUCCAGUGGCUCCUCCUCUGCCUCGUCAGGUAUCCAGAAGUGCAGACUAAACUGCAAGAAGAAAUAGAUAAAGUAGUUGGCAGAGACCGUUUGCCUUGUGCUGAGGACCAGCCCCACUUGCCUUACGUAAUGGCUUUCCUUUAUGAAACCAUGCGUUUCAGCAGCUUUGUGCCUGUUACCAUUCCUCAUUUCACUACAAUGGACACUACCUUGAUGGGUUACCACAUUCCUAAAGACACAGUGAUCUUCGUCAAUCAGUGGUCCGUAAAUCACGAUCCAGUCAAAUGGCCAUCCCCGGAGGAUUUCAACCCAGCCAGAUUCCUGUAUGAGAAUGGAUCCCUCAAUAAAGACCUCACUAGCAGCGUCAUGAUCUUUUCAGUGGGCAAGCGCAGAUGUAUCGGGGAAGAGUUAUCCAAAGCCCAGCUCUUUCUCUUUAUUGCCAUCCUGGUGCACCAGUGCAAUUUCACUGCCAAUCCAAAGGAAGAUUCUAAAAUGGAUUUCACCUAUGGCUUGACUACUAAACCAAAGCCAUUUACACUUCACGUCAAAUUAAGAGAUAACUUGGAUUUGUUAGGUAAAGCAGUCCAGAGACUUCAGGCAGAAAAAGACUCUGAGAAUUCUUUGUCUGAUAUGUGAGCUCAGAAGUUUGAACACUGUAGUAGAGUAAGGAUCUUGUCCUGCUCUCUUCAUUUUAUAUUUAAACGAAUUGCAUUAAAGCAUAAUGUAUUUGUCACAGUUACUUAGUAUGAUAUGAAGUAGAAGAACUUGUGCUUUCUUUAAAACCUAUUUGGUUUGUGAAGUGGCAUUUCUAUUAAUUUUUGAAAACUAGAGGUAUUAGAGACCUUCUCCAAAAUGUUUUUUAAAGAUAAGGGUAUUUCCACAUAUUUUUUGUGUGUGUCAGGAGCGACUUGAGAAAGUGGAAGUCGCUUCUUGUGUGAGAGACUUGGCCGUCUGCAAGGACGUUGUCAUGAGGACGCAUGGAUGUUUCGAUGUUUUACCAUCCUUUUGGGAGGCUUCUCUCAUGUCUCUACAUGGGGAGUUGGAGCUGACAGAAGGAGCUUACCUGUUGUCUCUGAAUUUGAACCGCCUACCUGUCGGUCAGCAGUCCUGCCAGCACAAGGGUUUUACCCCAUUGCGCCACCAGGGACUCCUACUUCCACACUGAAUAUAAUAUAGAAUUGCCAUGCUUUGAUUAUCCCCAUUUUAUGAACGAUUCACAUAUCUUCUAAUUAUCUUCUUGUAUGUUCCUUCCAUUUUUUGUUCUCAACCUCAGAAAGUUUUUCUUCUUCUUUUCUUUUUUAUCUUUAAGGCUCCCAUCUUCAAGGUCGAUUUUAAGACAAGUGAUGUUCAGGGAAUAUGCACAGCUCAGCAUAUUUUAUCACCCAGAUUAAUUUUUGAAACCAUUCAUAUUCAGAUCUUGGAAAAUUGACCAUGGUGAUUGUGAAAAUUUAGGAGUUCUUUCCCAAAUGAAUGCUAAUUUUUUUUGUUUAGAUUUUUUAAAAGAUGAAAUAUUACUUAAAUGGUUAGUGUGUCAUAAUGCUUUAAUACUGUAAUACUAAAUUUUGAAACAAUAGAGUCAAAGAUAUAUUUCUAGGCACUGCAAUUUCAGAAACACAUUUAAUGAUGGCAACUGGGUUUUUAAAAUUUGCUUCAGUGUUACAACUCAACAACACAUUCAUAGAAGUAGUAUUUAUGUACAUGUGUGUAAUUUUUCUGAUUUACUGGGUUUUUUAAAUUAACAGACUGAUAAAAUAGAGCCCAUUGCUAAGAUUAUAUAUGGUUAGCUUCAAAUGGUCAGCCAAUGUGCUUUUCUCCUUGCUAGCCAGUGGGAUCUGUGUCUUUUUCACUCAUACAGAUGUAUAAAAUUAACAUAUCCUAUAUACUCAGGUAUAAAUCUAAUAUUUUUGUUAAAAAACCAACUCAAAAAUCUGGGAUGACUUAUCCAUAAGUCAGUAAGUACUGGACAUUAACUCUUACAAAAUAAAAGGAACCACCCCCUUUUCUGAGUUGGGUGGCAGAAGGCAAGAGCUUAGUCUGUCAAAGGAGAACAUAAAAGAAGUAAUGACCUCCCAUUCUCUCUCCGCUUUGGGCCAUUUCUGGCCUAUUUGAAGACCUGGGUGCAAAACUUGUAGAGGCAGCCAGGUUUGUUGGCCUCCUGAAGAAGUGCUAGCACUCUGCCUUUUCUGCGGAAUGAUACUUGACUUGUUCAUGCGUCAUAUCAAAUCUCUAAUUUUGGCCCCAAAAUUUGCUCUCAACUGACACGGGAAGCCAACUUAUAUAUGAGUAUUUAUGGUAUAAAAAGUGGACUAUUCCUUAUAGUAAAAUAUAAAAAUCCUGUUACACUUCUCUUUGCAAAUUAACAGCAGAAGAGAAAUGAUUGGCAAUAAAAGAUACCCAUCUGAAAUCCACCUUAGAUCUUCCCUAUCCAGCUAUUAAUGAAUUAAGUAUACAGUGCCUUAACAUCUGAUACUGCAGUUUCUCCCUUUGUACUGUCAAAAGGAGAUGCUGGAAUUGUAAAUGUGAAUAACCAAUGUAUUUCAGUGCCUUAGAAAUCAGAUAUUUUUAACAUGUCAACUCAGGGUUUUUUAUGCAAAGGAAGAAUGAAAGAUCACACCAUUUUAUUCUGAAAGUUAAGUAAGUAUAAGUGAGUAUGCAUUAUGUGUUGCAUCUACUCAGCAUAUUUUACCUGAGUUUAAAGAGAUGUGUGAAUUGUCAAUUUACUUCUCUUACAUUAUCCCAUAAAUUGAAAUAAUGCAAUAUUUUUAUUCAGUGCCUUAAUUUUAUUAAUGAAAAAUAAUCCACAUUUGACCAGCCUAGCUUUUUUGUUAGCCCUCUGUUAAUAGCUUAUGGUAAUAUACAAGUCCUACAACAGGAAAUUAGGGAUAAUAAACUUUUUUUACCGGAAGUGACCAUAAAGUUGCCUUGGAGAGUCUAGAAAAUUUCUAGAGAGUACAUCUUUUGUUGAAUGUGAGUAGAUGAAACUGUGGGUAUUGAUCUCACAGGUAUGGGGGAUCAUACUUUAUAUAAAGACUAGCUUAGGUACCUAGCAAUGCCUGGGUUAGGUAAUUUGUAAAGCUAUUUAUUAGAAAAAGUCAGUCUUUGCUUUGGUUUUUAUAAAUGCUUCCAUUAGAAAAUGCAGAAGGAUGUAGUGAAUUAUACUCACAGCAUCCAAGGUCAUUUCCUUGUAAACCCUGCCAGUAUUCAAACUUGGUCAUGUUGGAUGUACAUGUCAAGUUUGGUCAAGAUCUAUAGUCAGUUGGGUUCACAACGCUCUCAGCAUGUGGAUGACCUCCUAAAUUAAAGGUCCAAUCCCUCCAAACCCUGCCAGUUUUCAAAGUUGGCUAUAAUGGGUAUGCGUAUCACAUUUGGUCCAGAUCUAUCAUUGGUUGGAUUCACAGUGCUCUUUGAUUGUGGGUGAACUGUAACUUCCGGAAUUAGGGCUCAAUCCCUUCCAAACCUCACCAGUAUUCAAAGUUGGCCAGAUUAGGUCUGUGUGCCAAAUUUGGUCCAGAUCCAUCAUCAGUUGGGUUCAGAGUGCUCUAUGAAUGUUGGUGAACCAUUAUUCCCCAAAUUCAAGGACAACCCCCCCAACCCCUCUAAUAUUUUCUGUUGGUUAUGGGGGUCAGUGUGCCAAGUUUGGUCCAGAUCUGUCAUUGGUGGGAGCCACAGUGCUCUCUGGAAAUUGGAGCUGUCUUGGAAAUCUAUCACCCAUAAACAUACAUACUUUGACUUAGGUACCUGGCAAUGCCCAGGUUAGAUAUUUUAUAACAACAAACAUAAAUGUAUUCAUUGUUGAGUUUUGGAUUUUAAGAAUGGAUUCAUUAGAAAAUGCAUAAGAAGUUGGGUAAACUACAACUCCCAACAUAAUCUGUCAUUGUUCCAACUCCAUCAGUAUUCAAAGUUGGCCAUGUCAGGACUGUGUGCCAAGUUUGAUCCAGAUUCAUCGUCGCUUGGGUGCUCUCUGGAUGUAAGUGAACUGCAACUCUCAAAAUUCAAGGUCAAUUCCCCCCCAAACUCCACCAGUAAUCAAAAUUGGCCAUGUCAGGCCUGUGUUCCAAGUUUGGGCAAGUUCAUUAUCUUUUGGGUUCAUAGUAUUCUCUGGGUGUAGGUGAACUACAACUCCCAAAAUUAAAGGUCAUUCCCCCCCAAUCCCAUCAGUAUUCAAACUUGGGCAUGUCAGGUAUGCGUAGCAAGUUUGGUCUAGAUCCAUUGUUGGUUGGGUUCAGAAUGCUCUCUGGAUGUGGGUGAAUUAUAACUCUCAAAUUCUAGGUUCAAUCCGCUCCAGUAUUUUCUGUUGAUCAUGUUGGCUAAUGGCUAUGUGUGCCAAAUGUGGUCCAGAUCCGUUGUCGGUAAGAGUCACAGUGCUCUCUAGAAAUUAUAGCUGUCUUAGAAGUCUGUCACCCAAAAACAAACCUACACUUUCAUUCUUAGUAAUACUAGCUUAGAUACCCAACUAUACCCAGGUUAAACAUUUGAUAAUUUAUAACACUAUUUAUUAGAAAAAAUAAUUGUUUUGGGAUUUUAUGAGUGGUCCCAUUAAGAAAAUGUUUAAGGAUUUGGGUGGACUACAACUCCCACUUGGGUGGGUCGGUUCUCCCCAAAUCCCACCUGUAUGUUCUGUUGGUCAUGGGGGUUGUGUGUGCCAAGUUUGGCCCAAAUCCAUCAUCAGUGGGAUUGAGAGUGCUCUCUGGAUGCGGGUGAACUACAGCUCCCUCAAAUCAAGGUCAUACCUCCAGUUAUGUUCUGUUGGUCAUGGGGGUUCUGUGUGCCAAACGUGGUCCUAAUCUGUCAUCCAGAGUGCUCUCUGGAUGCAGGGUGAAUUACAACUCCUACCUGGAUGCGUGUAAAUGGACACCUCUGCCACAUACACACAUAACACAUUUUUCACUUUUAUUAUGUGCAUAGAUAUAGAAAUCAAAUCUACAACAUGAAAAAUUCAAAUUUGUGUUGGUGCUCUCUGCUUUAAAACAAUUUGAUUCAGAAGCAGAAUGCAUUCAGAAUACCAGGGAUGAAGUGAAGAAUUUUACUAAGAAAUCAUUGCAGGGCUCAUGCUUUAAUGUCUGAUGCAGUUUUGAAGUGAAGGUGUGCUUGAUCUGGAAUGUAAUUGAAUGAUCAGUCGGCUUGUCUUCUUGUAUCUACAAUUGUGUGGAAGUUGUGUGAACCUCCAGAUGUUGUCCUGGAGUCCCAUCAGCCUUAACUAGUAUUUCUAGUGGAGAUGGAUUAUGGGAUUAAAAGUCUAACAAGAUCUGGUGAGCCAGAUAUUCUCUGAUUUAAAAGGUAUUAGUAAACGCAAGUAAUAUUUCGUAUACUCUGUGUUUUUUCUUUUCCUAUUUUUUAUUGCUGUAGAAUCCAUAAAGCAGAAUUUAUAAACAAAGUUGAACAUUAGUGGAAGGGGACUGUCCUCGAGUAUUUUGUAGAAUAUAAAAAAUGCUUUUGAUAUUGCAGAACUUAGCCUUCACCUGUGAAAAGCUCUCUAUUGCAAAACAUUUUUAUUCCCAGGUCUACAUUAGAUCUGUCAUUUGGGAGAUUUUUUUUCAAUUGAACUUCUGCAAAGGUAUAUGUAUAUUAUAUAUUAGAGCAUGUCGGGCUUCAAUUGAUAUUUCCCAUGAUCGUUCAUUAAUUUUAAGAAAUGCUGAUUGCCGUUUUCUUUCACUUUUUCCACAGAAGCUUUAAAAUAAAUCAGUCUGGUUAAUAUGACAUUUGUACAUGCUGUUGAACUACAGUUGUGUGAAUACUCUGGAAUGAUUUUAAAGCUAUGUUUGGUUUAUUUAAUGGCCAUCAGACCUCUGGCUCUUUUUCUAAAAUAGAGGAUUGUAUCACCCAAAUAUUCAUUAAAGAUAAUCUAAUGCUA